AUGGCAGAUGAUAUCCUGCUCAGCAAGGUCCAUGGCCUCAGCGACCUCGAACUCGCCGGGCUCCUGUGCCUCGUGAGCAGGGAGCAUUGUCUCAUCAGUACUCCUCCAGAAGCACUCGAUGAGUUGACAGAAGAGCUUCAACUUAUAUUCACCAAGACCUUUGGCCUCAAAUGCGUCGUUGUCGACUGCCACGCCCACACCACCCUCGAUGACUUCGCCGCCGCCAUUCUCACCUCGAAACCCCAGUCACGCACCCCCUCGCCCUUUCAAACCCGCAACUCGGCGGAGCCCUCGUACUUUGGCGCCCGCCCCGGCGCCCUCACCCCUCUGACCUCUCUCUCGGCGACGAGCCCCGGCCACCCUCCCCCGGCCAUGGCCAACGUCAUCCUCGCCCGCAACCUCGACCAAGCGCCCAAGGCCGUCCAGAUCCAGGCCCUCGAGCUCCUGCGGACCCGCCGCAUCUUCACCCGCACCGCCGUCCAGGCGGCGCCCAAGCAGUUCCUCUUCGUCGCGGCGCUCGGCGCGCAGAGCGGCGGGCGCGCGCACGUCACGCCGCACCUCAACGACUUUCUGUACCUCGCGCACUGGCACGACCCGGACCUCGGUUUCGCCAACCUCGACGAAGGAUUCGAGGCCACCGUGGGGGACGGCGGCUCGGAGACGGGCAGCAUGGAGAGCGUCGUGAAGAAGAGCGUCAACGGGGACCUCCGUGUCGAGGACGACCCGUUGCUGAGCGAUGUGGAUAUCGCUGCCCUGGCAAGGCUCAGUCAAGGUGUGCAGAUUGACGUGGAUGUCCUCCGCUACCAGAUGAAUCUGAUAUCCUUCUUGCGAAUGCACCGAGCCGUCGGGGGUGGUGUCAGUCCAACGGCGACGAAGCACUUUGAGCAGCUGAUCAAGGCGCUGGCGCCGCUACACCAGCUGGAUUACGCGACGCCAGGCCUCGUCGCACUGGCGUUGCGGAAGGUCUAUCUGCACAGGAUCCAGAUCGUGGAGCCGGGACAGGAGAGGAGCAUGCAGUGGGGUAGCGAGCUCGAGGCCGUAGAGGCCUUGCUCGAGGACAUCGGGCCGGAAGAGGUCAUGGAAGAGGUUCUGGACAUGGUUGCGACGCCACUUUGA